ACCGUUUCUCAUUCCCUCAUUCAUCACACCUAUUCCAAACGCUCAUCUCUCUUCCCUCUCUUAUUUUGUCCUCCUUCCUCCAGGUAUUCCUUUCUUCUGACCACCUUCACUUAUGAGCCGACCCGCUGGAAAUCCAUCAACGCCAAUAUCAAAGACUAGAGAUCCUAUUUCUCUUCUGACAUUUUUAUUGGAAAAUCUGCUUCAACUAUGAUAUACUUCACUUUUUCCUCACUUGAUUUAUCUUAAUAUGGAAAAUGAUUUUUGGACUGUGUUUCGUUUACAUCCAGUUAUUAAAAUUUCAACCUUUUGGUCAUUUGGCUUCACUUUCUUGCAGCUUCAAUCACAAAGUGAAGAGAAGCAUUUUUCCAGUAAUUGGAGCAAAAGAUCAAUCACUAUUUAUCGGCUACGAUCCUUCAAGAGAGAAGCAAAUAUGGUUUGUUGGAUGAAAGUAAGGACAACGGCUUUGUUGAGAACACUAUCAUCAUUUUUAGGUAUCCCCAUGAGUUCAGCAGUAUGCCCACUUGAAAGGCAGCCAAAAAGACUACUGGCCCUAUCUGCUUGUGAAGACCAUAUUGUUCCAUAUGCAACUUCAAAGAACUUAUCUCAAAUAAAGCAAAGUGAGUAUUUGCCCUGUCUCUUGAUGAAGAUUCAACUUGAUGACCCUUGAAUGAAGAGAUCAUAAAAACAAUUUAAAGCAUUUGUCAUUAGUGAAUGUAUGUUCGAGAAAAUGAAAUCUCUUGACCUCUUACAAUUUGAAUAAAAGAAAAUGACUUUUUCAGAUCUCUUAUGAGUUUUUUUGCAAAUCUCUUAUGUUUCUUGUAAAAAGGCCAUAAAACUAAAUAAAGUUUGUCAAGGGCUAAAAACCCAUUUCUCCCGGUAUGUUUCACAUAAAGUCAGAAAAAAUGGCCUACAGACCUGCCUUUACACCUCAAGAUGAGAUUGAAAAAAAAGGCAAGAUAAGGUAAAUACCUUAAAAGAGAAGUUAAUAUAAUCCAAAUUUGUUGAGCCUACAUAACACAUUGAAAUAUUUGAAUGGCACCGAGUCAUACAAGGCUAAUAAAACUAAUUUAGGAUAAUUUUAUCAUGCACUAAAAGCUUGUAAAAAGAAUCUGAAGUAAUUAGUAUGUACUGAAUAAGUCAUGCCAAAUUUAAGGGGUAACGAGUUAAUUCUACCAAUUAUAAACCCCAAACAAUAAAAAAUAGAGAAAGCAUGUGAUAAUAACAAUUGAAGCUUUAGAAGAAACAGAAUAGGCUAAAGUCCUAGAUAGUCCUUUAAACUGGACACGUAUUGUAAGUUAGACAAUAAACUUAGUUAGCGAUCAGAUAAACACUUCAACUUAGUAGAGGUGUAUUUUUUCAAAACUUUCAGAACUUGUCAAGUAAAAGAAAAAAACAAAAAUUACGUGCGACUAUCGAGAAACAUUGCCCAUGAAUGGAAUUCAUGAGUUGAUUUGCAUAGAAAAGGUUAAAAAGGUCGUUUUGGCUGAAUUAAAUUACUUUACUAGUUACGACAAGAUGACUUCAAAAUGCAAAACUUUUUCUUACUUUUACUCUUAACUUGUAAAAGUAGGUUACAUCACAAAGCAAAUCUGCCGAUUCAAAAGUUGAACACACCACAUGUGCACACAAAUCUU